UGGUCUGGCAGUCUCGAGCUUGGAGGCGGAGGCGCGCAGGGCAGCCUGGGUCCAGCCCACACCCCUCACCAGGAGGCACCAUGCUGGGGCUGCUGUUGCUGCUGCUGGCUGGCCAGGCUGCCCUGGAAGCCCGGCAGAGUCGCUGGCGUAGGGAGCUGGCGCCAGGGCUUCACCUGCGGGGCAUCCGGGACGCGGGUGGCCGGUACUGCCAAGAGCAGGACCUGUGCUGCCGUGGCCGCGCUGACGACUGUGCCUUGCCCUACCUGGGAGCCACCUGUUACUGUGACCUCUUCUGCAACCGCACCAUCUCUGACUGCUGCCCUGACUUCUGGGACUUCUGCCUCGGGGUGCCGCCCCCCUUCCCUCCCGUUCAAGGAUGCAUGCAUGCGGGCCGCAUCUACCCAGUCUUCGGAACCUACUGGGACAACUGUAAUCGAUGCACCUGCCAGGAGAAAGGGCAGUGGGAGUGUGACCAGGAGCCAUGUCUAGUGGACCCAGACAUGAUUAAUGCCAUCAACCAAGGCAACUACGGGUGGCGGGCUGGGAACCAUAGUGCCUUCUGGGGCAUGACCCUGGAUGAGGGCAUUCGCUACCGCUUGGGCACAAUCCGUCCAUCUUCCUCCGUCAUGAAUAUGAAUGAGAUUUAUAUGGUGCUGGGCCAAGGGGAAGUGCUACCCACUGCCUUUGAGGCUUCUGAGAAGUGGCCCAACCUGAUCCACGAGCCACUGGACCAGGGCAACUGUGCAGGCUCCUGGGCUUUCUCCACAGCAGCUGUUGCAUCUGACCGGGUCGCCAUUCAUUCUCUGGGACACAUGACACCCAUCCUGUCACCGCAGAACCUUCUGUCCUGUGACACCCACCACCAGAAGGGCUGCAGAGGUGGGCGUCUCGAUGGUGCUUGGUGGUUCCUGCGGCGCCGAGGGGUGGUGUCUGACAACUGUUACCCAUUCUCGGGCCGUGAGCAGAACGAGGCCGGCCCUGCCCCUCGAUGUAUGAUGCACAGCCGCCCCAUGGGACGGGGCAAGCGCCAGGCCACUUCCCGAUGCCCCAAUGGUCAGGUUGAUUCCAAUGACAUCUACCAGGUCACGCCCGCCUACCGCCUGGGCUCUGAUGAGAAGGAGAUCAUGAAGGAGCUGAUGGAGAACGGCCCUGUUCAAGCACUCAUGGAGGUGCAUGAGGACUUCUUCUUAUACCAGAGUGGCAUCUACAGCCACACACCUGUCAGCCAGGGGAGGCCGGAGCAGUACCGCCGACAUGGGACCCACUCGGUCAAGAUCACAGGAUGGGGAGAAGAGACGCUGCCAGAUGGAAGGACCAUCAAGUACUGGACUGCUGCCAACUCGUGGGGCCCAUGGUGGGGCGAGAGGGGCCACUUCCGAAUCGUGCGUGGUACCAAUGAGUGUGACAUCGAGAGCUUCGUGCUGGGUGUCUGGGGCCGAGUGGGGAUGGAGGACAUGGGGCACCACUGAGCCGCAGCUGCUAGGCUAGGCAGGAUCCGCAGCCACAGAAGAGGCCUCGGGGGGCCAUCCCGAUGAAGCCUCGGGUGCAGUCGGGGGAGCAGGUGCUAAUCCUCACACACACACAGACCCGCUAACGCAGCACCCCAACUUCGAGCCAUAGACACGUGGGGCUGGUGGAGCCCCUAGACAUCACAGCGGGAACUGGAAAGGGCCUGGCUUGGAAACGAAACGGCAGGGAGCAGAGAUACCAGGACCCUGGUCCCCCAGCCCAAGACCACAGGAGCUAAAACACCCCAGUUUCCAUUCUCCUGCCCAACCCCAUCAUUCCCAUCCUCUUGUUCUUUUCGGUUGACUCUGCCCAUCUUCCUGGCCUCCAUUCCUGCUGUACCUUUCCAUCCCCAGUCCUGUUUUUCUUUAUUCUUUAAAAGAUAUUUAUUUUUCUUUUCGCUGUUUUAAAAUAAAACCAAAGUAUUGAUAUUUACA